AUGCGACAAUUUGACAGGUCCGUCGGAGUUGACAUCAGCAAUCGACCAUCGUUUCCACUUCGCCGCUCAUUCGUGUUGCUCGACCUUCUUGUCACCAGUGACCGCCCAGGAUCGACUUUUCACUGCGUCCGACCUCAAGUUCUUGGCCGGUCGAUCAUCUACGUAUGGCAGAUGAGCGCAGCCUCUAGAUAUCCGAGAAAGCGACCUCUGGCCAAGAGAAGCUGUCUCAAGUGUCGAGAGGCAAAGGCACGCUGUGAGCUCCCAGACAUUUACAUCGACAGCUCUAGGACGCCAUUAUCAGCCGAGAAGCAGUGUCACCGCUGUAGAGCUCUGGACAUCGACUGUAUCGUCUGGGAUGGAGACCGCAAACGCAAACCGAGACUCGGCGGACCGAACAAGAACACCCCUGGUAGCUCGCAAGACCUGGAAGCUUGCUCUGCACCGGAAAGCGGAGAUGCGAGCCAAUCGUACCAAGCAGCUGAAGUUGCCAGGAGGAAUGCACAGACCCAAUCUACUCAAGAGAAGAGCCCGUUGAUAUUCGAUUGUCAAUUGGGCGAUGCAAGCGGCUCAUCUUCUUCCUCUUAUCCAAAACGCACCCUGGAAGGUGAACAACUUGGACUAUCAGAUCUAAGACACGCUCAACAGCAGCUGAUAGGCAGGCAAAAGGGCUGGAAGAGCACGUCAAAGACACUGAACACUCUCAUGGAGCGUCUUAUGCACGGCAACACGUACCAUGACUAUCUCAAGCUGCGCAUCGACGCUCCUCCUCACACGCCGGACAUGGUCACUUUCCUACCACGCGAAAGGAUGCAGCAACUUAAUGUUCAGCUUCAGGAUUAUCUGGUGGAGCAUCCGUAUCUCCCUUCUUUCCUCAAACUUCGAGAAGAACAAGCACAGAGCGCGACGGCGCCACGAUCUCUGCUACUUGCGGCGAUGACGCUACUCGGCCUGAAGGGCGUGCACGACGAGCUUGUCUCCUCUGAGGUUCGAACGCUUUCAAACUAUGUCGAUCGCCUUGGAACACAGCUGCUCCUUUCUUCACCACGUGACGUUCACCUGGUGAUGGCGUUCGAGCUAUUGCUUGCUCACGAGCCCGGCCUGAUCGGCACGGCCGCGUCGCAAUUUGAGCCUGAAAGUCGCGGCUUUGGCCUCGCGUCGGAAAAUCUGCUCACUUGCGCCACCAAGAUCGCGAAAGAGCUCAAGUUGGACAGCGAUCUCACCUGCUCUCAGCACACGCCGAGCAGUAUAGCUCGUCUCAGUCUGUGGUGCUGUCUGAGAAGCUGGGACGGGGUGUUCGGGUUCAUGGGCGAAAAAGUCGCGAUUCCAGAAGACUUGGAUCAGGGGUUUGCAGCCACCGUGCGACAAACCCUUGCCUGCGUCGACGAUGGCGGCAAAGAGCUGCCGUUGCCACCUCGACUACGCGACGCAAAUGCCUCGAUGGCCACUUCAUUCGAAGAGAUGCGACAAUUCUGCGCGCAGUCUGAGGAACGACUUGGUCGCGAUGGCAUUCUACGUUCUGCGGGUCGGACAGUCCUGUGUAUGCGGAUAGAGACUGUCUGUUGCCUUUUCAGCUCCUUACGCAAAUUACAAAGCUUGCUCGUCGACACAAGUUCGUCACUCAGAGAGAAGCGAGAGCGCAUCGUGGAGACCACCACGAGCGCCUACGAUGCGAUCAUGCAGGUGAGACACAACUCUCACGAGCGAAUGGGCUUCUACGCAGGGCAACGCAUCGUUCGGCUAUGGGAGCAGGUCUCGCACAUCGAGUGCGCCUUUUUCAGCGCGAUUCUUGGAAGCUACGCUACUUCAGCGCUGUUCUCAGGCGACUUGGAUGGACAAAUUGAUUCGCAUAAACUCGUCCAGGUCAUUCGCUUCGGGCUUGUUCCAGCUGAGCAGAUCGGUAAACUGGGACGGUACAGCGUCGACGCUAGCCUCACGUUGCUAGCCACUGUGUCACAGAUGGACCACCAGCCUGCGUUACGCAGACAAUCUAGGCAGUCUGUUCGGACCAUGUCGCGCUACCUGCACCGGCUGCCGACUCUGCUUGUGUGCGCCAUGACCGUGCAUGCAGCGCGACAGUGCCUGGAAAACAUCGCCUUUGUGCUGGUCGCAUGGGCGCGAGCCCCGACAGACGCCGACACUUCCAUCACGCUGAUGGAGGCAGCUACUGUGCAGCUUCGCCAGCUGUCGCUCCCAAGCUCCGUCGAGCGCGCGCAUACAAUCUCGCAAUUGUCAGCCGAUUACAUUGACGAAAUGGUCGAAACAGCGCGACUUUGGCAGGUAUACUAUCGGGUAUAUCGGCCUGUUUCUAGCAUCAAGCUGGAUCAAGCAUCAGAAUCAACGGAACCUGACGCCGGCACUGCGGUUCAAGAGUCAGCCUGCGUCAAUUCCGACUGCGAUGGCAUCGCGUCCUCGAAGCAGGCUCCGUCAUUCAGUCGUGCUACACCGAUGGAUUUCCUGGCGUCUGCUGCCGAAGCUGCAACGGCUUCUCGUGCCGCUCACGGCGCCGAAAACAUCGUCGGUACGCACGUAGAAGCUUUUGCCAACGACGCAUCCUUUGCUUCGGCCCUGGCGACCACUACAGACCUCUUGGCGGCUCCUCGGCAUACCCGGGAUCGUGGUAUUGUGUGGAACGAUGGCCCGUCUUCUACAGCAACCACGUCCAGCCACGCCGGCAUGAUCGAUGCCGAGAUCUACAAUGCGCAAGUGCCGUUCGACAUUGAGGCCUUUCUUAAGGACGUGGACCAGCUCUUCUGA